GACUGAAGCACACACAGUUGCCCUCGAUCCUGGCCUCACAAGUACAGUAACUCCUCUACUUCAUUACUCCACCUUAAACGUCUUCACAAUGUCAAGUUUAAGGAAGUUCUUUGUGAUAGGAAACUGGAAGAUGAAUGUGAACAAGACCCGCAUUGAUAACAUCGUCAAGUUUAUGACGGCCGCCUCGCUUGACCCUAAUACAGAGGCAGUAGUUGGGUGUCCUUCCUGCUAUUUGUCCUACGCCCGCCACCACCUCCCAUCUGAGAUUGGGGUGGCCGCACAAAACUGCUACAAGGUUCCAAGUGGUAACUUCAGUGGGGAGAUCUCGCCAGCCAUGAUCCAGGACUGUGGGUGUGAGUGGGUCAUCCUGGGUCACCCUGAGCGUAGGACAAUAUUUAAUGAGCCAGACGAGCUCAUCAGCGAGAAGGUCGCACACGCCCAGCAGGCAGGCAUGAAGGUGGUGGCGUGCGUAUGUGAGAGGAAGGAGGACCGAGACAGUAACCGCACAGAAGAGGUGUUGUUCAGGCAGAUGGAGACCCUGGCGGCCAGCAUCAGUGACUGGUCCCGCGUGGUGGUGGCCUUCGAGGCUCUGUGGGCCAGUGGCACGGGCAUACUGGCCACUCCAGCUCAAGUUCAGGAGGUGCUGGCCAAGCUGCGUUACUGGCUGCGUCACAACGUCUCUCAGGAGGUGGCUAACGCUACUCGUAUCAUCUACGCUGGUUCAGUUUCCUCGGGCAACUGUCAGGAGCUCGCCAAGUUGAAAGACCUUGACGGAUUCCUGGUGGGCAGCGCAGCUCUCAAGCCCGACAUUGUUGACAUUAUUAACUCUCGAAGUACCCAUGUCUCCAGACUUAUCAACAUUUUCUCCUCCCAUGAACGCUUGUCUAAAGGAGUGUAAAUAACUCGAGGAUCACAAUCUCCAGCUCAUGUGACGCUCAUUCUAAAUGUUGUCCAUUCUGUAAUAUUUAUAAAAAAUAAAUAAAUAAAUA